CAAGAAAGAAAAAAGCUGAGAGUGUUUUUCGUUUCAUCAAAGAACAUAUAUUACUUUAGCGGUUUGGUUAAAAAAAAAUGUUGGUUUUCUGCCCACCCCUUUUCAAUCUGCCGGUGUCGGAGGUACUCGGAGAAGACGCACAAUCGCGAGCAGCUUACGACACUCAGUGAGCAGUCGGUGCCGGUGCAGGCUCGCGCACACUCCUCGGCGGAGGGAAGGAGUCGAGCGCUGCUCUGCGCUCCGCAAAGCAUGAACCGGCCAGGUUUCCGCAGCUGCCUAGGACACGAAUGGCAGGCGUUCUCCAACCGGGACACCAAGGUGGCUACGAUCCGAGGUGGUCAUUGCCGAUGACAUUCUUCAGAUUGUCAAAUUUUGGGGAGUCUCGAGCCCCGAGUUUGGAGUUGAUUUUUUUCUCUCACUCCCCCACCACGUCACAAUCUCAACUGCAGAGGAAAAAAAGGGGGACCGAGGCAGGAAGGCGAGAAGCCCAGGCUCCCGGCACGUAGUUGGGAAACUUGCGGGUCCUAGAAGUCGCCUCCUCGCCUCGCAGACCGCCCCUGCAGCCCCGGAGCGCAGCAGCAAAGUGAGACAUUGUGCGUCUGCCAGAUCCUCGGGCCGCGGAGCAGGGCUGCCUCGGGAAACACAGAGGGGUCUUCUCUCGCCCUGCAUAUAAUUAGCCUACACACAAAGGGAGCAGCUGAAUGGAGGUUGUCACUCGCUGGAAAAGGGUGGAUUUCUGACCCAGCGCUUCCAAUGGACAUUCUCCAGUCUCUCUGGAAAGAUUCUCGCUAAUGGAUUUCCUGCUACUCGGCCUCUGUCUACACUGGCUGCUGAGGAGGCCCUCGGGGGUGGUCUUGUGUCUGCUGGGGGCCUGCUUUCAGAUGCUGCCCGCCGCCCCCAGCGGAUGCCCGGGGCAGUGUCGGUGCGAGGGGCGACUGUUGUACUGCGAGGCGCUCAACCUGACCGAGGCGCCCCACAACCUGUCCGGCCUGCUGGGCUUGUCUCUGCGCUACAACAGCCUCUCGGAGCUGCGCGCCGGCCAGUUCACGGGGUUAAUGCAGCUCACGUGGCUGUAUUUGGAUCACAAUCACAUCUGCUCGGUGCAGGGGGACGCCUUUCAGAAACUGCGCCGAGUUAAGGAACUCACACUGAGUUCCAACCAGAUCACCCAACUGGCCAACACCACCUUUCGGCCCAUGCCCAACCUGCGCAGCGUGGACCUGUCCUACAAUAAGCUUCAGGCUCUGGCUCCGGAUCUCUUCCACGGGCUGCGGAAGCUCACCACGCUGCACAUGCGGGCCAAUGCCAUCCAGUUUGUGCCGGUACGCAUCUUCCAGGACUGCCGCAGCCUCAAGUUUCUAGACAUUGGAUACAAUCAGCUCAAGAGUCUGGCGCGCAACUCUUUCGCUGGCUUGUUCAAGCUCACGGAGCUGCACCUGGAGCAUAACGACUUGAUCAAGGUGAACUUCGCUCAUUUCCCGCGCCUCAUCUCUCUUAAUUCGCUCUGCCUGCGGCGGAAUAAGGUGGCCAUUGUGGUCAGCUCUCUGGACUGGGUUUGGAAUUUGGAAAAAAUGGACUUGUCGGGGAACGAGAUCGAAUACAUGGAGCCCCACGUGUUCGAGACCGUGCCAUACCUGCAGUCCUUACAGCUGGAUUCCAACCGCCUCACCUAUAUAGAGCCCCGUAUCCUCAACUCCUGGAAGUCUCUUACAAGCAUUACCCUGGCCGGGAACCUGUGGGACUGCGGGCGCAAUGUGUGUGCCCUGGCCUCCUGGCUCAGCAACUUCCAGGGGCGCUAUGAUGCUAACUUGCAGUGCGCCAGCCCCGAGUACGCACAGGGCGAGGACGUCUUGGAUGCUGUGUAUGCUUUCCACCUGUGCGAGGAUGGGGCCGAGCCUACCAGCGGCCACCUCCUGUCGGCUGUCACUAACCGCAGUGACCUAGCGCCCCCCGAGAGCUCGGCCACCACGCUGGUGGAAGGCGGGGAGGGGCUGCACGAUGGCACGUUUGAGCCCAUCACCGUGGCUCUCCCGGGCGGCGAGCACGCUGAGAACGCUGUGCAGAUCCACAAGGUGGUCACGGGCACGAUGGCUCUCAUCUUCUCCUUCCUCAUCGUGGUCCUAGUACUCUACGUAUCCUGGAAGUGUUUCCCAGCCAGCCUCAGGCAGCUCAGACAGUGCUUUGUCACGCAGCGCAGGAAGCAGAAGCAGAAACAGACCAUGCAUCAGAUGGCUGCUAUGUCUGCCCAGGAAUACUACGUUGAUUACAAACCCAACCACAUCGAAGGGGCCCUGGUGAUCAUCAACGAGUACGGUUCAUGUACCUGUCACCAGCAGCCUGCAAGGGAAUGCGAGGUGUAACUGGGCCCAGUGGCUCUCAACCCAUGCGCUACCAAAUACGUCUGGGCAGCCAGGAGGGCCGACAGGCACCAGGACGGACGGGUCUCCUCUGCACACUGAUGUGUUGACUGAAACUGUAUGGGGAUCUCUCCCAGAGACUUGACAUUUUAGCUUUAUGUGUCUUAAAAACAAAAAAAAAAAUAAAACACAACAAAAACCCCACCCCAUAAUCUUCAGGACAGUCUGUCUUAAAUUUCAUAUGAGAACUCCUUCCUCCCUUUGAAGAUCUGUCCAUAUUCAGGAAUCUGAGUGUUAAAAAAAGGUACCAAUCAUUGAUUUUUUUUUUGUAAACUAAAACGUUUAAAAUAAAAUAGCAUUUACAGUUU